GUGACGCUGCGGGUUGACGGAAGCUGACGUCCUCGCAUGUUACCAGGCCCCCAGGUUGACAGAUGACAUCAAGGAUUGGCUUUUUGAUGCAAAGAUGAUGCUCACAAUGUGUCCUCGACUAGCUGUGCUGCGGAGAAGGGGCUCCUGUAUCUAGAAAGGCCGAGUCUUAGAACCUUAUUCAGCUAUGUAUAUGAGUUCUAGCCAGCACCCCUUUGCUCUGGACAUAUCUACCUUCCUGGUUUCACAAAACAGAUCACGUCUUUCACCUGUGCCAUAUACCAUCACUACGUCGUUGUCGAGGUCUACCGACACACUCGUUCCACGCAAACCGCAUACUCAGACACGAUGCAUUACGCUUUGAACUUUGCGUCCCUCAUGGCGGCUGCCGCCGCCAUAACUGGCGUCACUGAGGCUGCCUCGCCGCCCGGAUCACCCCCUGCCGGCUGCCAUCCUACCUUCUCGCAGGGUCGCUUCGAGAUCGUCGUCCAGCCCAUCGCCAGCGCCAAGGUGAGGCGCCAGGACGGCAUGAGCGGCGGUGUCCUGACCAUCAGCCUCGAGAACGGCGUCCUCACAGACGAGCAGGGCCGGACGGGGUACAUUGCCAGCAACCGCCAGUUUCAGUUCGACAAGCCCCCCCAGGCAGGGACCAUCUACGACGCUGGGUUCUCAGCCUGUGACAACGGCCACCUCGCGCUGGGUUCCAGCGAGAUCUUCUACCGCUGUCAGUCUGGCAACUUCUUCAACCUUUACGAUCAGUCGAUCGCGCCCUACUGUGAGAAGAUCUUCAUUACCAUCCAUGCCGUCGGCGGCGGUGCACCUUCGCAGCGCUCGUCGCCCUCCCAGAUCGCCGACGGACAGAUCCAAGCACCUGGAAGCGGAGCCGCAGUGAGCCAGAUGAACGACGGACAGAUUUUGGUGCCUCCUGGUGGUGGCGCUCCUCCUGCUGUCACGCAGAUUCAUGACGGCCAGAUUCAGGCCCCUGGAAGUGGCGGCGCAGCGAGUCAAAUUCACGAUGGGCAGAUCCAGGCGCCUGCUGGGGGCACUCGCCCUGCUGUUACUCAGAUCGGAGAGGGACAAAUCCAGGCACCCGGUGGUGGUGGUGCUGUCUCGCAGAUCAAUGAAGGGCAGAUCCAAGCUCCCGUCUCUCGUGGUGCCCGUCCAGCUGUCACACAGAUCGGUGAUGGUCAAAUUCAGGCACCUGGAGGUGGUGGCGCUGUCACACAGAUCAACGACGGCCAGAUCCAAGCUCCUGCUGCUACGCAGAUCAUCGACGGCCAGAUUCAAGCACCUGGAAGCGGUGGUGCUGUCUCGCAGAUCAACGAAGGGCAGAUCCAAGCUCCUGCUGCCACUCAGAUCAACGACGGUCAGAUCCAAGCCCCUGCUGUCACUCAAAUCAACGAUGGGCAGAUUCAAGCGCCUCAGACAAUCACCGUCACCACGAGGUUCACGACGCUAACCCUCAGCACCAGGGUGCAGACGUUGACCUCCAGAAUGACCCUGACAACCUCCUUGGCAACCAAAGUAACCAAAACUAUCACACCUGCCAAGCCUACCUGGACUGGCCGCUACGUGGCUCGCCAAGCACAGCAGAUUCCGGACGGCCAGGUCCAGCAGCCUGGCGCCGUCACUCAGAUUGGCGACGGGCAACCCCAGGCUCCUGGUGCUCCUGGUGCUGUCACCCAGAUUGGUGACGGGCAACCCCAGGCUCCUGGCGCCCCUGGUGCUCCUGGUACUCCUGGUGCUCCUGUCUCUCCUACGACUCCCGUCUCACCUACCACACCCGUCUCCCCUACCACUCCCAUCUCUCCUACAGGUGCCGUCGCGUCCACCAGCAUGGGUACGCCCAUGCAGCAGCCUGGAGCUGGGACGAGUGCCGUGCCCAUCGCUGCUGGUGAGCGAUCUAUGCCUCGCGCUGCUGCGGCUCUGAUUGUGGGUGCCGCUGUGGCAUUCUUCUAUCUGUAAAAGCGAGCGGCGGCCAGUGCGUUUCUUUUCUUUUGUCUUUUUCUCCUAUCAAAAUAGAUUAUUGGAGUCGUCCCCCGAGUCUGGGGAGUACAUGGGUAAUGGGUGGGUGGUUCUGGGGUCUUGAGUUGAUAUAGCAAGCACACGUAAUGAUGUAUCAUGGUAUCAAGACACUGAAGAUAGCAAAAGACGUCAAAAGUUCCUGUUUGUAUGUGAUAUUAAUGUGUCCGCCGGUGGCGGAUGUCCGAUGCUACCCGAAUAGGAAGUAUUUAGUGGGUCUCCGCCGAGAUCGCAGCGCCGGGAGCGGAGGCCAUCUCCGGAGGACUCGUCUCGCGCGACGGGUG